GCCCCUGGAUACGCCCACUGCCCACGCCCCGGACCAGGUAGCGAAGGUUCCCGAUUAAGUGUUCGAAAGAGGAACAAGCAAUCAGUGCGCUCGGUUACCUAAACAUGCCCGACAGUCUGAAGCUGUGGUUUUAGGGCAGCCACUCUUCGGGUCAACACUUCGCGUUACGGAAUGGUGUAAAGUAGUGAAGUCCUCAUCUCCUUGGUCCUGAAGAUCGGGGUGAUCAUCCGUCAUGGCGAACAGGCGCAGGGGCGCAACCGACGGGGACUUCUCGUACGUCAGCCGAGUUGUGAAGUACACGCUCUUUCUGUUCAACAUGAUCUUUUGGGUCAUCGCCCUGGUGAUGGUGGCCAUUGGGGUGUACGCCCGUGUGUCCAAGCAUGCAGAGGCGGCCAUGGCCAGCCUGUCGGUGGACCCGGCCGUGCUGUUGAUGGUGGUGGGAGUGCUGAUGUUCCUCAUCACCUUCUGUGGCUGCGUGGGCUCCCUGCGCGAGAACAUCUGCCUCCUGCAGAUAUUCUGCGUCUUCCUCAUCCUGAUCUUCCUGCUCCAGCUGGCUGCUGGCAUCCUGGGGUUUAUCUUCUCUGAUAAGGCGAGGGCAAAGGUGACGGAGCUCAUCAACGACGCGGUCAUCCACUACAGGGAUGACCUGGAUCUCCAGAAUCUCAUUGACUACGGUCAGAGAGAGUUUGGCUGUUGCGGCGGCACGGCGUUCACAGACUGGCAGCACAACAUGUACUUCAACUGCACGCCGGAGAACCGGAGCCGGGAGCGCUGCUCCGUACCCUACUCCUGCUGCCUCAUCUCCAAGGACGAGGCCGUGAUCAACACCAUGUGUGGCAGCGGCCUCCAGCUGCAGAACUUCCUGGAGGCGGCGGAGUUGAUCUACACCAACGGCUGCAUCGACAAGCUGGUGGACUGGAUCCACAGCAACCUGUUCCUCCUGGGGGGCGUGGCGCUGGGGCUAGCCAUCCCCCAGCUGGUAGGGAUCAUGCUGUCGCAGAUCAUGAUCAACCAGAUCAGGGAACAGAUAGAUCUCCAAAACUACAACCACAGGCACCAGUCGGACCCCUGGCGCUGAUGUCGGCCCCCAGGACCUGACAGGAGAACCAGGAACAGUUAACAAAAGCAACCGAGAUCAGCAUGAGGGCUCUUGCUGGUUUGAGAUGACUCUUCUUCUGGUGUAUACUUGCAACAUAUUGGAAACUUUUGGUGAAUUUCCCCAAGGAAGUGACGGGACUGGAACGUGACUGAACAGAAACAGUGUUUACACGAAGCGUCUGGCUGGUCUUGCUUUGCCCCCUGGUGGAUGAAAACGGGACUUGACUUAAAUCGCUAUUUUUCAGACCUCGACUCAUUUCCAGCCUUAUUUUGUCUUCCAAAAGACUCCAUGAUCCCCGCUAGAUAAAUGCAUAUCUGUAACUAUACAUUUAGGUGUAAUGCAAAUGAUAGUGAGACAUUAUGUGUUAUUACAAGGGAUAGACAUUUGGUUGUAUUUUUUUAAAAGCUAUUUUUGUAAUGCACAUUACUUUUAAGGCAGAUCGGGUGGUUUAUUCUGUCCUCUGAGCUUUCACAACGCAUUGGAAGACAUUAAGGAGAUCCCUGAAAAAACUGACUGUAUUAAGAUUCAUUUUAAUAUUAAUCGUUUUUAUAUUUAAAUGUUACACCAACGAUGCAUCUAAUCAUUAAACUUUUUCACUUAUGACUGAAGCAAAGGA